AUGGAUCUAACAAGCAGCUCGUUCUUACUGCUCGUGGCUUUGCUUGUGGGGCUGUCUACAGCGAACUUCCUCCCAGAAGAAUAUUCUUCAGAGAAAGGAGAGAAUGAGGAGACAAAAUGCACGAUGAAAAGGAUCAGACGCUUCCCUCGUAGAAUGAGCGUUAAUAUCAGCGAUAUCGACAACGAUUAUCUGAGCUCCCUGCAGGAGGACGUUCAGAGCAGCUUCCUUGCACCUUGGGACUACAGCCUCAACGUGGACCCCAACAGAUACCCUUCGGUCAUCUCUGAAGCCAACUGCCUCACUUUAGUCUGCGUCGACUCUGAUGGAAAGGAGAACCCGGAUCUGGGAGCCCAUCCUAUCCACCGGGAUGUACUGGUUCUCCGCAGAGACGAGAGAGACUGCGAUUAUACGUACAGACUGGACACCCAGACAGUCGCUGUGGGGUGUACAUGUGUCCGAACCCAAUAG